AUGGGUGGUGGAAACAGAAGAUCGAAAGGAAGAGGAAGAUCCAACAGCAACACCAGUGGCAGCGCCACUCCAAACAACCCUAAAUCCGGAAAGAAAAGAGGUUCAGAAGUCAAAACUGCAUUCUUCGUCGAAGGCGGUUUCUUGUCUGAUUGGCACCUUCCCUCUCCCACCUACACUCCAGGGAGAAGUUCUGGCUCCAAUAAUAACAAUUCCGGGAGCCAACGUAGAACAGAAGGCUCUGCAUCUAAAAGUGGGUUUGUCAAAUCUUCGGGAGCUAGUAUUGGAUACAAUUAUCCUUCACUUGAUUUUCAGGAGGUAACAUGCAUUGGGACUGGGAAGUACAGUGAAGUUCGUAAUCCAAAUCAGCUGCAACCUUUUGUUUUGGCGGACACGAAGCAGUACCAAAUUACUGCUCAUGUAGACCAAACACCCCCUUCAAAGCCAAACAAUGUGAAGUAUACUUACAGUUAUGAUGCAGAUUUUGUUUUGGGUGACAGCUUUCAUAGAGGUUUAGGUUUCCCUUCUGAACAAGACAAAACCCCCAGUGGUGUUUGCAUUUCACAGGAACAGAUGCCCCAAUCAACUACAGUUUUAGAUUCAUCAUCAUUUGAGAAGGAUGGUGGUUCUGUUGAGGGCAUGGAUUGUGAGUUAAGCAAUGAGAUGGCAGAAGACUUUCCAUCAAAGGCGUCUGCUGAGAGAAAUUCAGGGUUUCUGUCAAUUGGAGGUCUUAAAUUAUACACUCAGGACAUUUCAGAUGGUGAAAAUGAAGAAUAUAAUGAAGACUCGCCGGAAGAGGACAGCUCCACACUUUCUGUGCCAGAAGAAUUACUUGAGUCAUCUGAAAACAUUGAUUCUGAAUACACAUCUGAUAGUGAUUCAGACAUUGAUGAAGAUGUUGCUGAAGAUUAUUUGGAAGGAGUUGGUGGUAGUGAUAACAUCUUGGAUGCAAAAUGGUUGUUGAAACCUGAUUUGAACGAGUCAGAUGAUGAUAGUUCUUCUAGCAGUUGUUAUGAUGAGGCAUUGAAGAAAUUGGGUGGCUUUGCCCUUCAAGAAGCCUCCAGGGAAUAUGGCAUGAAGAAAGAUAAACCAAGGAAGAAACACUCUGUAAAUUCUGGACCUUUAGCUUUGGGAAACCUAAUGAUGGAAAAGGAUCCAAGAACCAUCUCUUCUAGAAAGAAGCAUGCUCCUCGGUUCCCUCACUCUUGGCCUUCACAUGCUCAGAAGAGUAAAGCUUCCAAAAAGAUGCAUGGUGAAAAAAAGAAACUUCGUAAGGAAAGGAUUGCUGUGAAGCGCAGAGAAAGAAUGCUGCAUCGUGGAGUUGAUCUCGAGAAAAUUAAUGUGCAAUUACAACAAAUUGUUUUGGAGGAAGUGGAUAUGUUCUCUUUUCAGCCUAUGCAUUCUCGGGAUUGUUCACAGAUACAAAGAUUAGCAGGAAUUUAUCAAUUGCGGAGUAGCAGCCAAGGGUCUGGCAAAAAAAGAUUCGUGACAGUGAUGCGAACACAGUCUACAUCUAUGCCAUCUUCAAGUGGUAGACAACGCCUGGAAAAGUUAUUGGGAGUUGAUGGUGGGGAUGAUGAUGAAUUUUCUGUCGCCGACUAUGUGAAUAAGAAAUCUCUGACUGGGGACAGAAGAGUAGGAAAGAGACAUACUAAAAGGAAUGAUUUUAGAUUACAAGAACUUCGAUCUGCCCAGAACAACUACUCAGGCUGUCAUAAAGUGAAAGACAAGAGAGGGAGUACACAAAAGGGUUCAUAUGCUAAUCAGCCUGUGUCAUUUGUAUCAAGUGGCAUAAUCCAGUCAGAAACUGAACAGGUUACAGUUGUUGAGGCUGAAGAGACUUGUAGGAAAGAUGUCACCAGCUCUGCUAAUAUAGGUUCAUUUGAAGAACACACUACUGGUUUUGGUUCAAAAAUGAUGGCUAAAAUGGGAUACAUGGAGGGAGCAGGAUUGGGGAAAAAUGGUCAAGGGAUGGCACGGCCCAUUGAGGUUAUUCAAAGGCCUAAAUCACUUGGUUUGGGUGUAGAAUUCUCCAACAAUAACCCAAGUGAACCAGCUAGGAACAUAUCUUCAAGAGUUGGUGCUAAAUCACUUGGCCUGGAUGUAGAACUGUCCGACAACCCAACUGAGCCAGCUAGGAACAGGUCUUCAAGAGUUGGUGCUUUUGAAAAACAUACCAAAGGCUUUGGGUCUAAAAUGAUGGCAAAGAUGGGCUUUGUUGAAGGCAGGGGCUUAGGUAGAGAAUCACAAGGCAUGACCACUCCAUUGACUGCUCUUAGGCUACCAAAGGCACGAGGAUUAGGUGCCAAAAGUUGA